UGAGCUGCUGUGAAAUUUGGCUCUGCAACAUGGGAUCUGUCGAUGGUGUGCUCUUGUCAUCACUAUCUCCAAUUUAUGAGUUCGUCAUCCUUGAUGAGUCUCAUUCAUAAACGUCACUGAACAAAAAAACUCUUCUUCGCAUUCUUGCCCAAGAUGGCACAAAUGCAGAACUGUAUAUGCAUUUUGCCGGUCAGCUUCCUACUCAUGUGCUAUGCAGUGGUGGCCGUGUAUCCAGAGUACUUGGCCAACGUGGGCGAGGGGAAGAAGCUCAGAGUGGACGGUAAUAUAGUGCUGGGAGGGCUAUUUCCUAUCCACGAGAAGGGGAAAAACGGGAGCAUCUGUGGCAUCAUCAACGAGGAUCGAGGAAUACAGAGGCUUGAGGCUAUGCUGUUUGCCAUUGACUUGAUCAACAAUGACACUAACCUGCUACCCGGAAUUACGAUCGGUGCUGAGAUCAGAGAUACGUGUUCUGAGGACACCUACGCCUUGGAGCAAUCGCUGGAGUUCGUCCGCGCGUCGUUGACCACGGUCAGUGCGUCUACGUCCCCGGAAUGCCCUGCGGAGUACGUCAAUAAGACCCGUCAGCCUGGCGUUGUGGCCGGGGUCAUCGGUGGGUCGUACAGUACUGUCUCCAUCCAGGUAGCCAACUUGCUGCGUCUGUUUCAGAUCCCACAGAUCAGCUAUGCCUCCACCAGCUCUGAGUUAACGGAUCGCAAGAGGUUCGAGUAUUUCGCCCGGACUGUUCCUCCGGACACGCUUCAGGCCAAAGCCAUUGCUGACAUCAUCGCAUCGUUCGGCUGGACUUAUGUCUCUACCAUCGCGUCCGAAGGCAACUACGGUGAGUCCGGCAUCUACGAGUUCACCAAAGAGGCUGGCUUGAGGAAUAUUUGUAUAGCCAGAUCGGAGAAGAUCCUCCGCUCUGCUGACUCGCAGACUUACGAUAACAUCAUCACUCGACUGAGGAGAAAGCAAAAUGCCCGAGUUGUGGUUCUGUUUACUCGGGUCGAGGAUGCCAGAGACCUCCUGAGUGCCGCCAAGAGGGCCAACCUCAGCCAAAACUUUAUCUGGCUGGCCGCUGACGGCUGGGGAGCCCAAGAGUCCCCAGUUAAAGGUAGCGAAGCUGUGGCCGAAGGCGCCAUAACUAUCGAGUUGCAGACUAAAAAGGUUGAGAAAUUCGACGAGUACUUCUUGCACCUAAAUCCCAGGACUAACAAGCGUAACCCGUGGUUCAAGGAGUACUGGGAACAGAAAUUCCAGUGUGAGUUACCGGAGAUUCCCGAGGAGGGAAGCUGCGAGAAGAGAUCCUUAGAUGAUGGAACUCACCUGCAAGAGAAGAAGACACAGUUUGUUGUGGAUGCAGUGUACGCCCUUGUCAUGGCGCUGGAUCACAUGCAUCGCGUUGUAUGCAAUGAGACAUCUUCCCUGUGCGAUGGUAUGAUCCCGAUAAAUGGGAAACAACUCUUCAAAGAAUUCGUCCUCAAAGUGUCAUUUAAAGAUAUUGUCGACCAACAAGUCAGCUUCGACGAAAAUGGUAACGGUCUUGGCCGGUACGACAUCCUGAAUUUUCGGCGUGAUGAGAACCACCCUAACCGGUACCAGUACGUCAAAGUCGGCAAGUGGCACGGCCAGCUGGAGAUGGACCUGCAGGCGGUCGAGUUCCAUCCGUCGGUGUCGGUACUGUCGGACACCAAGCUUCCAAUGUCCCAGUGCAGUCUUCCGUGCAAGGACGGAGAGAUCAAACGCUUGCAGGAUGAUGACGAGAUAUGCUGUUGGCUGUGCUCGGCAUGUCUGCCCCACCAGUACGUGGAGAACGAGCACACCUGUCAGGAUUGCGAGAUGGGUUACUAUCCUACCAAGAACCUGAGCGGAUGCUACAAGCUGACGGAGGAAUUCAUGGAGCUGGCUACUCUAUGGAGCAUCAUCCCUAUGGCUUUUUCUCUACUCGGGAUUAUGGUCACGUGCGCGGUGGCUAUGGUGUUUAUCACCCACAACCAGACGCCGUUGGUUAAAGCAUCCAGCAGGGAGCUAAGCUACAUCCUCCUGUUGGGAUUUGCUGCUUGUUUUGCCAUGACCCUCCCGAUUCUCGCUAUGCCCUCAGUGACAAGCUGCUCUAUCCAGCGAGUUGGCCUGGGUCUGUCCUUCUGCAUGUGCUACUCUGCCCUCUUGACCAAAACCAACCGGAUCGCACGGAUAUUUGACAGUGCCUCGCGCUCGGCACAGAGACCAAAAUACAUCAGCCCAAAGUCCCAGUUAGUUAUCUGCUUUGGGCUGGUCAGCGUGCAACUCUUUGGAGAGCUAGUUUGGCUGAUUGUUCAGCCCCCAGGAGCUAGCGUCCACUACUCCGAAGCUAGAGAUCACGCCAUUCUGAAAUGUAAUAUAUCGGACGUGUCGCUGGUGGUAUCUCUUGCCUACAACAUGUUUCUUAUCCUUUGCUGCACGGUGUAUGCGUUCAAGACGCGCAAAAUCCCAGAGAAUUUCAACGAAGCCAAGUUUAUCGGUUUCACCAUGUACACGACCUGUAUAGUUUGGCUGGCGUUUGUCCCGCUGUAUUUUGGAACAACUUGGGAUUUCAGGAUGCAAUUGACAACCCUUUGCAUCACAGUCAGCAUGAGUGCCACGGUAGGGCUGGCUUGCCUGUUCGCGCCCAAAGUCUACAUCAUAGUCUUUCAACCUGAGAAGAACGUUCGACGACUGAACACCACGUCUACUAGGAGGUCACAUUACGAUGCACCACCCAGAGACGUGGCGAACAACCACAGCCAAAGCGGAAGUAGAGGAAGAUACACGAUGCGGUUCAACAACCAAACGACACAGUACGACAGUCAAGAUACGGAGGCCGAGACAAGCCAAGCAUUUUUGUAGCAAUGUUGCCCAUCGUGUUAAAUUGCACAUUUCAAAACGCAAUAGCUUAAUAAUGUACAUGUACAGUCACACAGACUACUCAACAAGUUUUGUAACCACAUUUGUAACGUAAUAAGUAAUGGAAUUUUGUUGGUCGGGAUAAUGUUCAUUUUAUACAAGAGGAUUUGCCCUUCGCCGAGGGAAUAACUGUAAUCCUAAUCGUCCACUGGUUAUGACGCCUGAGCAAGUAAGCAGGUGGUUGUGGUUCUUAAAAAGGAUCUUAGAAUUUAAAAAAAUCCUUAAAAAAUUCGAAGCGUUUCAGUGCGAGCAGAACUUUGUCGUCGAAGGGCAAACCCCUUGGCAUGAAACCAAUGAGAAGUUUCAAGUAACGGAUGACACUGGUCUAUGAACGUAACAUUACUGUUGCAACGGAGGAUACAUUGUACUAAAUAUAAAAUUUCUUGAAUGUAAAUUUAAAAAAAAAAAUGAGCUAAAUGGAGGGUAUUUUAUAAGUAGACAUUGACGAAGCAGAAAGAAAUGAGAGUAAGAUGCCUGCAGCUUUAAGGAAGCCAUUAGAGUGCACUCGAACAACAGCGGGGUAAUUAGUAUUGAUGUGGCCAUUUGAAAAGGAAAUGCGUUCAGAAAUGGAUGCCUGUGAAUUUACCUGACACUGAAACUCAAUCAAGGACAUCAUAAAGUGACUUCAGCGAUGUGAACAAAAAGAGAGGACGAGUAAACAGAAUUAGACGACUGUUUUAUGAACGAGAAUGGGUGGUUUUGGGAUGAGGAAACGCGAUUUUGCAAUGGCAUUUUCGGCUCCUGGAAACAACUAGUUAAAAAAAUAUUUAAAAAAAAUAAAAAAAUAAUCAGUACUUAAUUAAUAAAAACGCGACUAUUAUUGGCACUGGCAAAAGAAUGGCCUGAGCUGUAAACGUUGUUGAUUCAAAGAGCUUUGAUGAAAACCAGGUGCUCAGCUCAAGUCGUCUAACGUGAAGAAAAAGACAUUAUGAGAGCAUUGCUAUUUCGACAAAUCUUCUGCACUGAAAUUUCAGACCACAGUCGGCUAUUUCAAGCACCUGACUUCGCUGUUGUAUGACGACUAUUUUGGGGACAGUGGACCCGACAAAAAUGACAGUGACAUUAAUGACGAUAACAUCCAAUUGUCGUAAUAAUUUCUAUCACGAUGUCGCUGAAACUUUUUGAAACACAAUUCCAUUUUGUAUUCAGUGUAAAAAUGUAGAUACUGUACAGUAGUGGUAGAAGCCCAGACCAGAAUCUAUUUACAAAGGAUUUUAGUUUUUCUAUCAGAGAGAAUAUAAUGUGUAUUAUGUUGUUAAGUAAUAACGCAGCGCCAUGAUCUAUCUUGUACAUUGUUUAAUAACCGUCCUUUGAAGCAAUUGAAUUAGCUGAUGUUGACAGAGAGACAUUAAUGGAAAUUUGAUGCACAAUUAAUACACGACAUUGACUGCAACGGACCUUUAUUGCGUUCUUUUAGUACUAAAACAAAUUUAUCUAUGCCAGGAAGGUCAGUUCAUCAAAUUUUGAUUGAUGGCCACUUUGUUGCCAGACCAGCCAGACAUUUGAGUAAGAUAUACAAAAAGGAUGUGGCUGAAUAUGCAGAAAUUGUACGAAAUGUCCAUUAGUAUCGUGUAAAUUGCCAUUACUCAAUGUAUACGUGAUUGCAGUUUGGUUGUGGACAGAAUUGCUGGAAUUGUGUGUACGGUAGGGGAUAACAUGGUUCCAAUGCAUGGGUUGCCUAAAUGCAUGAUUUCAUAUUGAAACGUGGUUUUGACUUCCAGGGGACUUUGAUUUCAAGCUGUUUUUCUCCAAAGGUGUCAUUUAGUCUGACAUCUUAAGUUGACAGGUAUAGUAACGUACAGAUAUCAUAAAGCGUCAUGGGGAUUGGGGAGGCCUGGGGCCCUUCGCGCCUUUUUUUUACCCGCGCAUUUCCGACGAAUCGGAAUGGCCAAUUUGAUUAAUUUUGUUUUGGUUUCCACUUAGGGCGAAAUGCGAGACGUCCUGAAUUUUUUCGCGAUCUAGUAAUGUGACCCUGGGUGAUUUUAAUUUUCAUUUAAACCGCCGUGCGGGAAUUACCAAAAGGUUGAUAUAGAUUUCUCUUCUGGCUCGGCAGUCGCGUGCGUACUUAUUUCUGUUACCGGACAGCAAUCCGAUUUAGAUGAUUGGAUAUAUCUUGCUGCCUUGUUAAUUGAAACCGACGUAGGUUACUGAGGGGGGUACGGUAUUCCAAGCCAACUGACAUACCGUGCGCUGCUCUCGCUAUAGCAAGCAUGCACGGUAACCUUUAAAGCCUCGUCAGAUGUUGCUUUUCUUUCUCAUUUCUUUCUUAAAGACGAUUUAGACUGACUUUACCGACUUGGAGACAAGAGAACGGCCUCAGACGAAACUAGACAAAGUGACAAAUGUACGAACGCACGGACCAAUGCUGAGGGAUCAAAACAUAGUUGUAGGAGAAAGUCUACAAAGCUAAUAAAAGUUUCCUAUAUCUCUCGUAUGAUUAUGAAUAUCGAUGAAGUUAUCCUAAUCGAAACUCAAAACUUAGGGGGGAAACGUACACAUUUUUAACAAAUUAAAAACGGUAUCUGUCGUGAUGCUCCACGUAUUGUAACUAAAAACUGCAUUUGAAACUAGGCUAGUUUCUAUUUAUAUAAAAAAUAUUUAAUCAUGGAACAUGUACCUAAUCGUUCGUGAAUCACAGAGACAAUGCCAAAUAAGCGGUAUAAAAAAACCGCCCCCGGAAAAUUAGGUGUUAUCUUUGUCUGAGUAAAUUUGGUUGAUAGGAUUGCACGGGUACCAUGCUGGUGUUUGGCCUAUAUAUUCAGGUUUUAAAAUGACCCCCAUUGUUUCAGCCCGGAUAUGCAUCUGAAACGCCGGAUAUACCAAUACAGAGUGUGCCAACAAAGUGCAACAUUCAGAAAACAAAUAAUUAAAACCGUAAUUUUUUUUUCUUCAAUGAAAUUAUACAUUACAUUAAGGCCUGACUAUUUCCUCGAUUCACUCCUUUUUACCCCAUUCCAUUUGGGUCCCUAGAUCCAGAAAGACAAUCAAUUCAGUGAAAGUGUGUAUACAUUUUACUUGGGACACACUCACCUAGACACGCUGAAUCUGGGUUAAGCGUUGAAUAGGCAUUGAAUCGGUAUUGUAGUUGAUGACAUCACAGGUGAGAGUGACAGUUUUAACUACAUGUACUUGUUUUCUGAAUGUUGCACUUUUGUUGGCACACUUUGUACAUGAAAACAGGGCCUCAUAAAAUUGCAGUUCUGUUGUAAAACUCUGUUAAAUUAACUUCAUUGUGAGACCCGCGCGCAAUAGCGCGGUCUACCUCAAAAAAUGGGUUCUGAUUAAUGUGGUCGCCAGGUUUGACACCCGAGACUAACACGACGAAAGGCGUUCGCCCUGAGACAUCAAAAGUCAACGCAGACAACUAAACAAUGCAUACACAGGCGGAAGACCGAAUGAGAUAUUUGUACAAAAAAAGUUAAGUAUUGUUCAUAAAGUUUUUGUAAUUUGAAUUCGAAGCAGCACUAUUAAUUAAUUUAAAGACGAAUGUAAUAAACAAAAAGUACAAGCAUAACUGGAAACCAAACGUUAAAUUGUGUACGAGUAUUGUGUGAUUUUAGUGUAAUACACAUGCGUGAAACAUAUCACGUGAAUGAAUAAAUAUUAAUGAUUUGAAAUAACUUCUUACACUUUAUAUUCCACGGUAGAUACCGUGGCUUAACUGUGGCGUGCUAUCAACUUAUCCGGUGGUCCAAGUGCUGCAGGUUGCUGGUUCGAAUCCCUGAAAUUUUACAUUUUUAUUUGUUUCCCCAAAAAGUGAAUUUUCUUUCCCUAAAUUGUGUUU